CCCUUUUAUCUCCUGAGAAGAAACUUCCUUCGAAUCAAGCCACAAGGCAAGGGCAUUCUACUCUAUUAUAUUUUCUUUCUGCAGAAGCGGUUCACCGUUUUCUGGACGCCAUGGACGUGAAAAAGGAAAUCAUUGAAGAGAAAAUCAAAAAGGAAAUCCCCGAACCAGUUGAAUUCACCGGGAGAAAUCGCGUCUCAAUACCGGCCGACGUGAUCGAUGUCGACAGCACUGACUCCGACUCCGAUUCCGAUUUCGAUUCCCAUGAUUCCGGCAUUGACGGAAUUAUGAGAAAGAAGAGAAAAAUCGACUUUGCAUUGCCUCCGGGAUUCCUCGAUCCUCUUCCGCGAGAUGGUCGGAUGAUGAUUCCAUCCAAGACGGUUGCGAGUUCUGCUUUGGAGGCAGUCGCUUCUCCACAAUCUACGGCUGUAGCUCAGGGCUGCAAGCAGUUCUGGAAAGCAGGAGACUAUGAAGGAGAUAACAGCGGUGGCUCCGCUGCACAGUUUGCUAAGGAAGUUGGUAUGGAUCAUGUCAGAGUUCAUCCAAGAUUUUUACAUUCCAAUGCUACCAGCCAUAAAUGGGCUCUUGGAGCUUUUGCAGAGCUUCUAGAUAAUGCUUUGGAUGAGGUGUGUAGUGGAGCUACUUAUGUCCACGUAGAUGUGCUUGAAAACAAGAAAGACAAAAAUAAGAUGUUACUGGUUGAAGAUAAUGGUGGAGGGAUGACUCCUCAUAAAUUACGGCAGUGCAUGUCUCUUGGGUAUUCUGCAAAAAGCAAAUUGGCGGACAUGAUUGGUCAAUAUGGAAAUGGUUUUAAGACUAGCACUAUGAGACUUGGAGCAGAUGUUAUUGUGUUCUCACGUUGUUCAACUGUUGAUGGAAGCCCAACACAGAGUAUUGGAAUGCUCUCGUACACAUUCUUGAGGAAAACAUGCAAAGAAGAUAUUGUGGUUCCCAUGAUUGAUUAUGAGAGAAGAGGACAAGAUUGGAAGAGGUUCAUCCAAACUUCUCUUAGUGAUUGGACCAGAAACCUGGAAACUAUUUUGCAGUGGUCACCAUACUCAAAUGAAGAUGAACUCCUUCAACAGUUCAAUCCAUUGAUAGAUCAAGGUACACGCAUCAUAAUAUACAAUCUCUGGGAGGACGACAAUGGACGGAUGGAACUUGAUUUUGAUGCAGAUGAAAAUGAUAUUCAAAUUAGAGGGGUGAAUCAAGAUGACAAGAAGACCGAGAUGGCAAAAAAUUAUCCAAAUUCUCGAUAUUUUUUGACUUACCAGCAUUCCUUGAGGAGUUAUGCAUCAAUUCUAUAUCUGAGAAUUCCAUCUGGCUUCCAAAUUAUUCUGCGUGGAAAAUGUAUCGAUCACCAUGAUUUAGUCGAUGAUAUGAUGCUAACUAAGGAGGUCACAUAUAAACCAGUGUCUAUUUCCGGAGCCAUGUCAAAGGAUCCAAAUAUGAUUGCUGUUGGAACGGUUGGAUUUGUAAAAGAUGCACACAAUCAUAUUGAUAUUCAAGGUUUUAAUGUAUAUCAUAAGAAUCGACUGAUCAAGCCAUUCUGGAGGGUCUGGAAUGCUGCUGGAAGUAAUGGCCGUGGGGUUAUAGGCGUGCUAGAAGCUAAUUUUGUUGAACCAGCUCAUGACAAACAAGGGUUUGAGCGCACAACUGCACUAGCUAGACUUGAGGCAAGAUUAGUUGUAAUGCAGAAGAACUACUGGUCUGCAAACUGUGAUAAAAUCGGUUAUGCUCCUAGACGUCAUUCGAAAAAGAAGUCUAUUUCUCCAGACAGAGAAAGUAUCCCUUCUGACAAGGAUAAAUCAUCUUCAAAUUCAAAUGGACACCCUUAUAGUGAUGAUGGUGGAUCGAAAUCCAAGUCCACCCAAAGAAAUGAAGAAAAGUCACCUUCUAAUGAUGCUAGAAAAGAUGACACGAAGUCUACUAAUCACAAGAAACCAACAAGAAGUCAUGGCUUGACAUCCCAUACUCAUGGUGAAGUCCUGCAAGAAUGUAUACCAAAUCAGGAAAGUGUUCUUAUUACUGGACACCCAUAUUCAAAGGUUAGUAACGUGAAUGGAGACAAAUAUGCUCAUGCCUACUCCAGACGGAAGUGUAUGGUUAAGUUUGAUGCAGAGAAUCCUGAACUGGGGGAAAGAUCAAAGAAUGAAGACAGAUUGACGGUGGCAGAUUUGUUGCAUGAUCUGGAGGCUGAAAGGGAUCGACGUCACUCACUAGAAACUGAACUUCAGGAAGCACAACAAAAAAUGGAGGAGCUGGAUAAAGAACAAGAAGCUCUAAUUAACAUAUUCUCGGAAGAGCGGUAUCGGCGAGAUACUGAGGAGGCUCGUUUGCGAAACAAGUUAGCAGAUGCAUCUAAUACCAUCCAAAAGUUACUUGAAAAGGUGAAGAUGCUAGAGAGCAGCAGGGGAGUUCCAAGUUGCAAAAGUGAAUUUUGA